AUGGCAUCCUCCAAUCCAGAAAACGUCACACCCCCCGAAUCCUACAGCAAAAUGUCCGUCGGCGACGUCGAAGCCAUCGGCGCCCACUGCCAAAUGUCCUUCUGCGGCCAGAUCGACUUCCUCCCCUUCAAAUGCAUGUCCUGCGGCGGAAAAUACUGUCUAGACCAUCGCACCGAAACCGCCCAUCAAUGUCCCAAAGCAGGCGAAUGGGGCCGAAGAAAAGCGGAGUCAAAUCGCCAAGGCACGACCGGAUACACACCUACCCCGAAACCGAAUAUCCUCACGCAUGAACAGCAAUGUUCGCUGCCGAGCUGUAAGACUUUGAUUGAUACGCCGCUGGUGACGGGCGUGCAGUGUGAGAAGUGCAAUUAUCGGUAUUGUCUGAAACAUCGGUUUACGUAUGAUCAUGAUUGUGCGAAUUUGAAACCGAAGGGAGCGAGGCCUACGACUCAGAAAGAGAGAGGGUUGGCGGCUCUGGAGAAGUUACGCGCGUGGGGAGCGAGUAAAAAGGUCAAUGUGCCACAGAGUGCUGCGAAGAAAUCUGCUGCGGCCUCAAUAGCUGCGACGGCUACGUUGAAGAGGACGGCGAAGGGUGAUGAGAAGAUUCCACAGGACAAGAGGAUAUAUCUCGUUGUGGAGGCUUCUUCAGAUACGUUGACGGCGAAAAUACCCAAGGGCAAUUUCUUCUACAGCUCAGAGUUCUCCGUGGGAAGGGUAUUGGAUCUUGCCGCGAAAGGACUGCAGGUGCAGAACGUGAAUAACAGGUCGGAGAGCGAAGAGGACAAAUUGAGAGUAUUCCACGUGGAGGGUGGGAGGCUACUGGAGUUCGGGGAGAAGUUGGGACAGAGUGUCCAGACGGGCAAUACCAUUGUUCUGCUGAGGGGAGUCGGAGCGGGCAUGGCGAAGACUCCAGAGCAGACAGCUUGA